CAAGAAAUCAAACUGCCCCUAGGAAUACAAUUACCAACAAGAACUCUACCAGCAAAUUCAGAAACAUCGAACUUAUACGGCGGAAGUAGAACAGGGCGGAUUUCAGUUUGUAUUACUAACUCUACUGAAGAUUAAACAUUUAUGACGUAUUCCAAUCAGUUUGUACGACUUCUUCCCUGAAGACCAACAGAGGUGAGUUCGGUAACACUUCCUCAUACGUCCAUCCCAUGCAGAAUAGCAGCAGCCACAGUAAUAAAGUGGUGCUGCGACUACAGUAAAACUGGUGGUCUUGACAGGAGGUGUCAAGUAAAACUGUGUGUCUUCGACGGAAGUUACAUCGAAGAAGUAAAGGACUGUUUGCAAUUACAGUAAAGACUAGUUGCAAUUAGAUCACUAGAGGUCCAUAGAAGUUGGAAUCUACGUGAAGAAACAAGGCUUGGAACUUUGCAUGGCACGUAAGAGUGCAUGAGAAAACUCCAAGAAAGUGUUUGCUUUAUCAAGAGAGAUCUAGUGAAAGUUGUGCAGAACAAAGGGUUUCUUGAGCUGAGAAAUCUUAUCUGCUAGCCGUGCUGAUCGCUUGACAUGUAGGAAUGCUGACUUGAUUAAUGACCUCGCCCACGAGAGAAGCAGGCAGAACCCUCCUGCACAAGGGAACCUUACCGUAAAACAGCUAAUUGAAGCAACUUCGGUUUUGGAGGUAAAGAUUUCAGUAUUUCCGAGCACAAGAGCCAUUUCAGCAACACAUAAACACUGUGUUGAGAAAAACCCAUAGGAUGAUAGCAUACAAAGGCUCCCAUACGGACAUUUGGGAGAAGUUUAGUCGUACAUGAUUGACAGGCCAGAUGGCUUAAGCAGAUGUGAAGGUCAUACUUCCACACACACACCACACACUGCUAAAAGACUUACCGUAAAUCAGCUAAUAGUCGAAAAGAAGGACUAUUCCACCUAAAAAUGGUAAAAUGAGGAACUGUCAAGUGCAAGACCAUUGAGUAUCAUUGUAUUGUGCAGCACACUUGAACACACAGGUUCAACAGCAAACUAAUCGGAACUGUUGGAAAAGAUUUGUAGUUUACGAGUACACUUACUGGAAGCUACAUGAUUGACAUGGCAAAGGGUGCCUGUUAGGCUAGAAGAAAUUCUAGAGGCCUGUGCUGAAUCAGACAGGAGAACUGUGGAAUACCGUAAGGACUCAAAUAAAGGAGUACAAUUAAACAGUUGUAAGUUAGGCAUCUCGCAAAGAAAAAUUGGAGCCAUUUGGAAAUGGCUGAUAAGAAGUCAGACGAGAACCGCUCUACAGUCAGAGAAGACAGACAUGUAGAGGAGGAAACAGAAGGUUUACAAAAACGAGUACCUAAGAAAGCUGACUGGGUCAGUGAAGAAGAAAGUAGAAGAAAGAAGACUCACAGAUCGACAGUUCUGGGCCGACUGACGCACAAAUCAAACGUGCUAAAAUCGUUAAUGGAACGGAACGACUUAUCUAAGGUACAGGAGAAUAUGGAAGAGUGGCAGAAGGCCUACUGUGACCUUGAAGAGGCCAGUGGUGAUUACCAGACCACUCUAGAUGCAGAUCAGCUGAAGGAAGACACAGAGAAAUGGGUAGGACCACGCUUUGCAGAGUUAGAUCAGUUCAGAGACAGGGUCCAUGAGUGGAUUAACCUGACUUCAGAGAAAGAAGAAGAGACGGGCAUCAAACCGUCCGACAGUGUGUCACAAGCAUGCUCGCAAGGUUCCAGUGUUGCCUCAAGCGCUAGGCUGAGAGCAGAAUUAAGAAGGGCUGAGUUGAGGGAAAAGGCGGCUGCCUUGGACCAGAAGAUGAAACUGCAAGAGAGGGAGUUCCAAAUAAAAAGAGAAGAGAUGGAGCUCAGAAGGCAGCAGGAGCUGCUAGAGGUUAGAACCGAAAUGGCACAAGAGGAAGCCAAGCUCAAGGUUAUUGACAACUUUGAGGCAUACGGUCAGCCACAGCCAAGGAUCCGUCUACCCUUUGAGCUGCCAACUAGUGAGCAUCAGGGGGAAAGAAGUGACCAGUUCAGGACGGCCCCGACAGUGAAGAAGGAGCCCUAUCAAACAUCCCUGAACCCGGAAGCAGCUAGCUUCACAUCGACAAGUCGUCGCGACAGGGAAAAACAGAAUUCCCCGACACCAGAAGAAUUCCUUCAAGGUCUGGUAAACCAACAAGCAGAGGUUACCAAGUUAAUGAUGGAACAUAACAAGAAGAGCAGCUUGCCAACAAGGGCGAUUAUUUCAUUUGAAGGCGACCCCCUGAGCUAUACCCAGUUUAUAAAGGCAUUUAAGCAUGCCAUAGAGGAUAAGACACAGGACCCAGAAGACAGGCUUCAUUAUCUGGGGCAGUAUACCAGGGGAGAAGCCAGGGAGUUGGUAACAAGUUGCGUCCUGAUGGACCCCGAAGAAGGCUUUAAAGAAGCAAAGAGAUUGCUAGAGGAACGGUAUGGUACGCCAUUUAAAGUAUCACGGGCGUAUGCUGAAGAGGCGAAGAGAUGGUCGGAAAUCAAGCAUGAUGACAAGCCUGCCUUGAGGAAGUUCAGUCUCUUCCUUACAAAAUGCCUGAACGCAAUGAAGGGAGAUCAGUAUCUCCAAGAGCUGGACCACUACACCAACAUCGCUCUCUUGGUCGGAAAACUUCCUUACCGACUGAAGGAAAGAUGGCGACGUAAGUCGCACGACAUCCAACGGCAAGGAAGGGUUAAGUUCAAGGACUUAGUAGACUUCGUCAAACAAGAAGAACAAGUAUCAUCGAAUGACAUGUUUGAUGACAAGUCAGCCAAGGAGUCAUUCAAACGAAAUCCAGGAACCCGUUACCAAAGGGACCGAGCAAAGGGCUCUAGCCUGGCGGUAACGACGGAGCCAAACCAAAACAGAGCAUUCUGCCAGUUUUGCAACUCGGAAAGCCACGGCUUAACUGUGUGUAAGAAGUUGGGCGGAAAGCCGUACAAAGAGCGUCUGGACUACGUGAAACAGAAAGGCUUGUGUUACGGAUGCUUGAGCGGCACAAAUCAUCUAGCCAAAGAGUGCUGGAAAAAGGCAACCUGCACAACUUGUCAAAUGCAGCACCCGACAGUUUUACAUCGAGACACACCUCACAAGCAAGCGUCAGUGGGAUGUGUAAAGCAUUCGAGCAGGGAGGGUGUGCCGUCCAUCAUUCCCGUAGCAGUACGCAGCAAGAAGUCAGGAAAGACUGUGCAGACCUAUGCACUCCUCGACAACGGAAGUGACGUAGUGAUCUGUACAGAAGCCUUGAAAAGGCAGUUGAAGUCAAAAGGAAGGGAAACUAAGUUGUCCCUCAGCACCAUAAAUGGCACCAAAGAGGUGAAAAGCGAAGUAUUGGGCGACUUGGAAGUGCUGGACAUGGAAAGGAAUAAUUGUAUUCCGAUCCCUACCGCCUACGUACAGGAGAAGAUACCAGUUUCCAAGGAACGCAUUAUCUCGACAGAGGAUCUAAAGGCUUGGCCGUACCUCAGGGAAGUAGAGAUGCCCAAAAUUAACGCAGAUAUUGGCUUGCUGAUUGGUAACAACGUACAGAGCGCCAUGGAGCCGUGGCGUAUUAUCAACAGUCAAGGAGGGGGACCUUACGCAAUCAAGACAUUGCUGGGAUGGUCCGUUAAUGGUCCUCUCAUGGGGGCCAGUGAUGGGAAGAUGGCAAGUGUCAACCGGAUCAGUCUCGAACAGCAGUUGACCCAGUACUUCAACAACGACUUCAACGAGAAGAUUGAAGACAAGAAAGAGAUGUCUGUAGAAGAUCAAAGGUUCAUGAACAUCAUGUCAGAAGGGACGAAGAAAGAAGAGGGUCACUAUCAAGUACCUCUACCCUUCAGAAACAGCAGACCAGUUCUACCAAACAACAAGUCAGUUGCCCUACAAAGAGCAAAACAUCUGCAGAAGAAGAUGUCCAAAGACGAGAAGUUUAAGGAAGACUAUGUACAGUUCGUGCAAACUGUGAUAGAAAGAGGAUAUGCGGAAAAGGUGCCAUCAGAAGAAAUGGAAACGGAAGAUACAAAUGGUGGCAAAGUGUGGUACAUACCCCAUCAUGGAGUGUACCAUCCACAAAAGAAGAAGAUAAGAGUCGUCUUCGACUGUGCCGCACCGUAUGCAGGCACAUCCCUGAACAAAGAGCUACUACAAGGUCCAGACCUGACCAGUACUCUGGUUGGCGUGUUGACCCGAUUCAGGCAAGAGCCCGUGGCCUUGAUGGCAGACAUAGAAGCAAUGUUCUCCCAAGUCAAGGUACCAGUAGAAGACAGAGACUACCUACGUUUCCUUUGGUGGCCAGAAGGCAACUUAGACAAGCCACUACAAGAGUACCGGAUGGCAGUACAUGUAUUUGGGGCGACAUCUUCGCCAAGUUGUGCAAGUUUUGCGUUAAAGAAGUUGGCUGAGGACGGAGAAGGCCGAUACACAGAAAAGGUAUUGGAAUCAAUCCGGAACAACUUCUACGUUGACGACUUGCUCAAAUCUACCUCCACAGUCACAGAAGGAGGACAUUUAGCCAAGGACAUGCGGGAAGCAUGUAAAGAAGGAGGAUUCAGACUUACCAAGUGGGUAAGCAACAGUCGAGAGGUACUCAAGACCGUACCAGUAGCAGAGAUGUCAGAAGAAGUUAGGGACCUGAAUCUCGACCUUGACACAAUGCCAGUGGAACGCACAUUGGGCAUGCUAUGGAAUGUGCAGACAGAUACCUUGGGCUUUCGCAACGUCGUAAAAGACAAGCCGGCGACCAAGAGGGGAAUUCUGUCUACAGUAAGCUCGAUGUAUGACCCCCUAGGGUUGAUUGCUCCUGCCACGCUGCAACCCAAACUGCUCUUACAAGACCUGUGCAGGGAAGGGACAACUUGGGAUGAGGAGAUUCCAGACAAGCAUAUCGAAUCAUGGCGACAGUGGGAAGUAGAAUUACCAUUGUUGAGUCGCAGUUUCACGGUGAGCAGAUGUGUCAAACCCGCUGGAUUUGGAACCCCUACGUCAGUACAGCUACACCACUUCGCGGACGCGAGUGAAGUAGGAUACGGAACUGCUUCGUACAUGCGUAUAGGAAAUCAAGAAGGCAGAGUACACUGUACUUUGUUAAUGGGCAAGGCCCGAGUAGCACCAUUGAAGGCUCACACAAUUCCAAGAUUGGAGCUUAAAGCAGCAGAAAUUGCUGUCCGUGUAAACUCUACGCUCCAAAGGGAGUUGGACGUCAACGUCGACGAGACGUUUUUCUGGACUGACAGCACAACAGUGCUACGCUAUAUCAACAAUGAGAGAACAAGGUAUCACACCUUUGUAGCCAACCGGCUAACAGCAAUAAGAAACGCCAGCGAUCCAAAACAAUGGCGUUAUGUUGAAUCACAACAGAAUCCAGCAGACGAUGCAUCGAGGGGACAGACGAUCCAGAAGUUCGUGGAAAACGACAGGUGGGUAAAUGGCCCACCCUUCCUGUGGUGCUCACCCAGCGAAUGGCCACAGAUGCCAGAGGGUCUUCAGCAGCCGCCACAGGGGGACCCUGAAGUUAAGGUGAACGCCAUUGGAGUGGAGGAAGCUCAGAAGAGCCCUAUGGAUGCGCUAAUAGUGCAUUAUUCAAGUUGGCACCGUCUCAAGAAAGCAGUGGCCUGGAUCAUCAAGGUAAAGCAAGCCCUCAGGCAGAAGAACAACGGCCACUGGAGUCGGAUUGACAAUGCACGAUCUCAAAACAAAGCUGAAGGAGCUAUUUUCAAACACGUGCAGCACAGAUACUACCAUCAGGAGAUAGUAUCGUUAAAGAGGUCGAAGGAUGCAGGAGUAGCAUCUACCAGCAGCGUCUACAAGCUAAACCCAAUAUUAGGAGAAGACGGUUUGCUGAGAGUGGGCGGGAGACUUGACAUGUCGUCUCUGUCAGAAGAAGAGAAGCAUCCCAUAAUACUCCCUAAGGAGUCAGCAGUAACGCCGCUGAUCAUACGGAGUAUACACGAGGAAGUAGGCCACAUGGGGAGAAACUACGUGACGGCCAAAGUGCGAGAGCGCUAUUGGAUACCACAGAGUAGCACGCUGAUCAGAAAGAUAAUCAGCAGGUGCGUUACCUGUCGACGUCAUCACGGCAAAACGGGAGAACAGAAGAUGGCCGAUCUACCAUCACACAGAGUCACACCGGAUGAACCACCGUUCACCAAUGUAGGCGUUGACUACUUCGGCCCUUUUGAAGUAAAAAGAGGUCGCAGUAUCGUGAAGCGAUAUGGAGUCAUCUUCACCUGCACCACAACCCGAGCAGUUCACUUGGAGAAAGCAGACUCCCUAGACACGGAUAGCUGCAUCAAUGCCUUGCGGAGAUUCAUCGCAAGACGAGGACAAGUCAAACAAAUAUGGUCAGAUAACGGAACCAACCUCGUGGGGGCAAAGGCCGAGCUAAAGAAGGAGAUAGCAGGGUGGAACCAAGACAAGAUUAAGGACGCCUUACUGCAGAAGGAAGUGGACUGGAAGUUCAGCCCACCUAAAGGAUCGCAUUUCGGCGGCGUUUGGGAGCGACAGAUACGCACAAUAAGACAGGUGCUGAAUGCGAUCAUGAAGAAGAAUCCACUAGAUGACGAAGGAUUACACACUUUGCUGUGCGAAGCUGAAAGCAUAGUAAACGGAAGACCAAUAACGGCAGUUAACAAUGAAGUUGAUGACCUGGAAGCGUUGACGCCCAACCGUCUCCUGACUAUGAAAAUGAAGACUUCGCUGCCGCCAAACCUAACCAGCAAGAACGACCUGUAUGCCAGACGCAGAUGGAAGCAGGUGCAGUAUCUUGCCGACUUAUUCUGGAAACGAUGGUCGCAGGAGUAUCUCACGUCACUACAGGAGCGGCAGAAAUGGGGCAAACAAAGGCAAAACCUUGCCGUGGGAGAUAUAGUUCUCCUGAAAGAUGAAACCUCACCGCGAAGUUGCUGGCCGUUAGGCAGGGUGCUGGAAGUGACUCACCACAGCGACGGACUAGUGCGUAGAGUAAAAGUAAAGACGCAAAACAACGUCCUCGAGAGACCAAUCGACAAACUAUGUGUACUGCUGUAA